CGGGACGGCAGGAGCGCGGAGCCGCUGCUGCCGCCUCGGCCAUGCGGCUUUCGGGCCGAGGGCCUGGGCUGGGGCCCGCGCCGCCCCCCGCGCGUCGCCCCCGCUGAUCCCGCGCCCCCGUCGCUGGGCGCCGCCGGCGCCAUGGUGCAGAAGUCGCGCAACGGCGGCGUGUACCCCGGCCCGAGCGGGGAGAAGAAGCUCAAGGUGGGCUUCGUGGGGCUGGACCCCGGCGCGCCCGACUCCACCCGGGACGGCGCGCUGCUCAUCGCCGGCUCCGAGGCCCCCAAGCGCGGCAGCAUCCUCAGCAAGCCGCGCGCGGGCGGCGCGGGCGCCGGGAAGCCCCCGAAGCGCAACGCCUUCUACCGCAAGCUGCAGAAUUUCCUCUACAACGUGCUGGAGCGGCCGCGCGGGUGGGCCUUCAUCUACCACGCCUACGUGUUCCUGCUGGUCUUCUCCUGCCUCGUGCUGUCCGUGUUCUCCACCAUUAAGGAGUACGAGAAGAGCUCGGAGGGCGCGCUCUACAUCCUGGAGAUCGUGACCAUCGUGGUGUUCGGAGUGGAGUACUUCGUGCGCAUCUGGGCCGCGGGCUGCUGCUGCCGGUACCGCGGCUGGAGGGGGCGUCUCAAGUUCGCCCGAAAGCCGUUCUGUGUGAUCGACAUCAUGGUGCUCAUCGCGUCCAUUGCCGUGCUGGCCGCCGGCUCCCAGGGCAACGUCUUCGCCACGUCCGCGCUUCGCAGCCUGCGCUUCCUGCAGAUCCUCAGGAUGAUCCGCAUGGACCGGCGCGGCGGCACCUGGAAGCUGCUGGGCUCCGUGGUCUAUGCCCACAGCAAGGAGCUGGUCACCGCCUGGUACAUCGGCUUCCUGUGCCUCAUCCUGGCGUCGUUCCUGGUGUACUUGGCGGAGAAGGGCGAGAACGACCACUUCGACACCUACGCCGAUGCGCUCUGGUGGGGCCUGAUCACGCUGACAACCAUCGGCUACGGCGACAAGUACCCCCAGACCUGGAAUGGGCGGCUCCUGGCGGCCACGUUCACCCUCAUCGGCGUCUCCUUCUUCGCUCUUCCUGCUGGCAUUCUGGGGUCCGGCUUCGCCCUGAAAGUCCAGGAGCAGCACCGGCAGAAGCACUUCGAGAAGAGGCGGAACCCCGCUGCGGGCCUGAUCCAGUCCGCCUGGAGGUUCUACGCCACCAACCUGUCGCGCACGGACCUGCACUCCACCUGGCAGUACUACGAGCGCACGGUGACCGUGCCCAUGUACAGCUCGCAAGCUCAGACCUACGGGGCCUCCAGACUCAUCCCCCCGCUGAACCAGCUGGAGCUGCUGCGGAACCUCAAGAGUAAAUCCGGGCUCACCUUCAGGAAGGAGCCGCAGCCGGAGCCGACCCCCAGUAAAGGCAGACCGUGCGGCCAGGGCCUGUGUGGAUGCUGCCCGGGACACUCUAGCCAGAAGGUCAGUUUGAAAGACCGUGUCUUCUCCAGCCCCCGCGGCGUGGCCGCCAAGGGGAAGGGGUCCCCGCAGGCCCAGCCGGUCCGGCGCUCGCCCAGCGCCGACCAGAGCCUGGAGGACAGCCCGAGCAAGGUGCCCAAGAGCUGGAGCUUCGGCGACCGCAGCCGCGCACGGCAGGCCUUCCGGGUCAAGGGCGCCGCGUCGCGGCAGAACUCGGAAGAAGCAAGUCUCCCCGGGGAGGACAUCGUGGACGACAACAAGAGCUGCAACUGCGAGUUCGUGACCGAGGACCUGACCCCGGGCCUCAAAGUCAGCAUCCGGGCCGUGUGUGUCAUGAGGUUCCUGGUGUCCAAGCGCAAGUUCAAGGAGAGCCUGCGGCCCUACGACGUGAUGGACGUGAUCGAGCAGUACUCGGCCGGCCACCUGGACAUGCUGUCCCGCAUCAAAAACCUGCAGUCCAGGAUAGACAUGAUUGUGGGCCCCCCACCCCCUUCAACCCCCCGGCACAAGAAGUACCCCACCAAAGGACCCUCGGCCCCUCCGGGAGAGUCGCCCCAGUACUCGCCUAGAGUGGACCAGAUCGUGGGGCGGGGCCCGGCCAUGACGGACAAGGACCGCACCAAGGGCCCGGCGGAGGCGGAGCUGCCCGAGGACCCCAGCAUGAUGGGCCGGCUGGGCAAGGUGGAGAAGCAGGUCCUGUCCAUGGAGAAGAAGCUGGACUUCCUGGUCGGCAUCUACACGCAGCGCAUGGGCAUCCUGCCGUCCGAGGCCGAGGCCUACUUCGGCGCCAAGGAGCCCGAGCCGGCGCCGCCCUACCACAGCCCCGAGGACAGCCGGGAGCACGGGGACCGCGGCGGCUGCAUCGUCAAGCUCAUCCGCUCCACCAGCUCCGUCGGCCACAAGAAUUUCUCGGCGCCUCCGGCCGCGCCCCCCGCCCAGUGCCCGCCCUCCACCUCCUGGCAGCAGCAGGGCCACGCCCGCCACGGCCACGGCACCUCGCCCGUGGGGGACCACGGCGCGCUGGUGCGCAUCCCGCCGCCGCCCGCCCACGAGCGCUCGCUGUCGGCCUACAGCGGGGGCCACCGGGCCAGCACGGAGUUCCUGCGGCACGAGGACGCGCCGGCGGGCCGGCCGCAGGAGGGCGCACUGCGGGACAGCGACACGUCCAUCUCCAUCCCGUCCGUGGACCACGAGGAGCUGGAGCGCUCCUUCAGCGGCUUCAGCAUCUCCCAGUCCAGGGAGAACCUGGACGCGCUGCAGGCCGGCUGCGCGGUCCUGGCCCCCUGCGCCAAGGUCCGGCCCUACAUCGCCGAGGGCGAGUCGGACACGGACUCGGACCUCUGCACGCCCUGCGGGCCGCCGCCGCGCUCGGCCACGGGCGAGGGCCCCUUCGGCGACGUGGGCUGGGCCGCGCCCCGGAAGUGA